UACAGAUACUAAAAUUACUGUGAACGACUCAACGACACGAUUGCCGGUCAAAGAUGGUUUGUUCUUUGAAACUUUUGAUUUUACUUCAGUCCGUCGUUCUACACAAAGUGAUUGCGAUGGAAAAUAGAAAAUUACAAGUAGAAGAAAAUAAUCUACACAAACAGCUGUUUCACUACGAGACCUUGAAGAAGUCGGAUAUUUCUCUGCACGUCCGCCACCAUCGGGAUGUUGACACUGGACACGUAACGGCCAGAACUUACGUCACGUUCUUCACACUAGGAAUGAACUUCAGUAUGGUUUUAAAGGCAGGCUCUCCUGUAGUGGCACCUGGACUUAGAGCCUAUACUGUAGACAGGAACGGCAAGUAUGAGCCCCUUCAUGUAGACUCCAACGAUUUCCUCACAGGACAUUUACAAGAGAAUGAAUCUAUGCAUGUGUAUGCUCAUUACGAGGAGGACAUUCUCUGCACAACAGUUUAUUUCCCAAACGAAAUUUACUUUACUGAGCCGUCGUGGAGACACCUCCCUUCAUCAAGUGGGUGGGAUCUGAUUAGUUACAGGCUUUCUGAUGUCAACUCGAAUCAUACGGGUCCUUUUUCCGAUCCACUAACAUUACUCCAACGACCGUCUUCAGACGAGUCAGUUUCAAGCGAUGAGCAGCAUCAGAGAUUCAGCAGAAUCAGACAAAAACGACAGAGAUAUGGCUUGAAUAAAAAGUGUUCCUUACGACUGGUUGCCGACUAUUCGUUUUAUAGCCAGUAUGCCAGGACUAGUGCUUCUGAAGCUAUAAAGAUAAUGGUGAGCUCUAUUGAAGAGGUGAACCGAAUAUACAACCAUACAGAGUGGAAAACACCGGAUAGCCUUGGCUGGGGCUUUGUGAUCAAACAGGUUCUGGUUCACACGGAAUACUCAAAGGGGCCAAGCAGAGGACCAUUCAGCUAUAAUUAUGAAGUGGAUCAUUGGAAUACAUCAGAUAAACUUGAUGCUUUCAGUCAUCACAGCGACAUCAUCCAGUUCUGCUUAGCGCACUUGUUUACACACACUCUUUUCAAGGACAGUCAUGGCACUGUUGGCUUAGCAUACCUAGGCAAUCGGUUUGGGGUUGGAGGAAUAUGUUCAAUGUCAAUGGAUGACAUGUAUACUAGAACCGGCUGGACGACUUCUGUGUACGGUGACAAUUAUACUAUUCUUGGGAUACAGCAUAAGCUGAUCACAGCUCACGAGCUUGGGCACAACUGGGGUUCUCCACACGAUCGAGAAGGCGAAUGUUCUCCUAGCGACCAACAAGGUGGUCGCUACAUCAUGUACCCGUCCUCAUCACCAAAAAUCCAGAUCAACAGCUUGCGCUUUUCGCCAUGCAGCAUAGACUCUAUUUCCCGUAUGCUGAGAUCGGUAAGCCAGCGAUGCUUUAUAGAGAGUGCUGAAGACAAAAUUCCGUGCGGCAAUGGAGUCGUUGAUAUUAGAGAAGAAUGCGAUGCAGGUCCAGACGGUCUGGAGGGCAAAGACAAAUGCUGCAGCAGCAUCUGUCUGCUCAGAGAAAACGCUCGCUGCAGUGAUUUCAACAGCAAGUGUUGCCGAAACUGCACUACUGCUCCAGCGGAAACCGACUGUAAAACAGACCCCGACAAUCAGUGUAUAGAAAGUUCAAAGUGCGAUGGCUUCACAUUUCGUUGUCCUCCUUCUGUCCCUGUAGCCAAUGGCGUCGCUUGCCAAGACAAUCGUGUGUGUUUUGAAGGCAAGUGUCUUUCUUCAUGUGAAGUGCUUCAAGAAGAGACCGGGAUGACCUACGAACCGUGCCAGUGCCAAAAUGAUACUUCUGCCUGCAAAAGCUGCUGUAAGAGGGUCAUAUACUACGAAAGAUACGAUGAAUGUUUCCCAACCAAUACGUCGCUUGGCUUUCGAGAACCCUGCUACAAAGGUGUAUGCAAUGAACAAGGAGAGUGCGUGUCAGAGAAGGAUGUUCCCUGCGGCAAUGGCAUCGUUGAUGAAAGAGAGGAAUGCGACGUAGGAAAGAGCGUCGUGAAAAACCAAGAUAAAUGCUGCAACGGAACUUGUCAUCUCAGAGAAUCUGCGCAAUGCAGCGAUUUCAACAAACCGUGCUGUAAAGACUGCAGAAUCGUACCAAAAGGAGCUGUUUGUGAGGAUAACUUUGAACUUCCCUGUAUGGAGAGCGCAAAAUGCGAUGGUGUUUCCACUGACUGUCCGUCUGCUGUGACAAAAGAGAAUGGAAUAGCCUGCCGUGGAGAAGGCCAGUGUAUUAACGGCAGAUGUAUUACCACAUACUGUAAGGAGCUGGAGAAAAGGAUAAUCGGCGCUACAGAGCCUGCAUGUGUGAUCAUGACGGUGAGAUUUUUAAACUGCCUUAACAAUUAAUUUUAUUAACACCGAGCUCGCCUCCUGGCAUCGCAUGGCCUACACAGGGAUACGUGCUCUUCUUCUUCAUCAUCAUCAUCAUCAUCAUCAUCAUCAAUCUAGCGCCUUUUCCAACUGUUGAUGUUCUAA